CGGGGGCCGCGCGGAGCGGCGCCCCGCAUUGCCCGUCUUGCACGACUGCGGCGGCGAAUCCAAGCUGUCGCCUCGCGCGCCCAUCUCCGAAACAGGAGAGGCGGGGCCGGCGGAGGACGUCGGCGACGCGGCGACGCCGAUCGCCGCCGGCGAGGAUUCGGACGGGCAGGCGGGGGCGGAGCCCGGCCGGGAGCCCGGCGGGGGCCCCGAGGGCGGCGCGGCGACGCCGACCGACGCCGGCGAGGACUCGGACGAAAACUUGGGGCCAGAGCCCGGCCGGAAGCCUGGCGAGAAGCCCGACGGCGGCGCGGCCGCGCCGAUCGCUGUCGGCGAGUGCCCGGACGGGCAAGCGGGGGCGGAGCCGAGCCAGAAGCGGGGCGAUGAGCUCGGCGAGGCGCCCGACGCGCUGCGCCGCCGCGCCGAUGGAAUCGCCGCUUUGGCAUGCAAGCGUCUGCUUGCAGAGCGGAGGGGGGCCGCGCGGCCGCGCCCGCUGGCGCCGGCCAACGCAUGGCCGAAGGCGGCCCAGAUUCAACUGAGCCGGCGGCAGCGGGCCGAUGAGCAGCUCCAAGUAGCCAAGCAUGCACUGCUGGCGCGGCCAUGGUUCGACGACGACCAGACGAAACCAGAGCGGGCGGCGGCCGCUGCGCGCCCGGCGCCGGCAGAAGCCGAGAAGGCCUUCGAGACAGCGGCGAG